AUGAGAUCGUGCAUUAGUUUACUUACCUUUCUCCUGUGCUUAGUACCAAUCGUUGUAGAGGGUGACGAGGAUAAACUCUUCGACGAAAGAAACGAACGAUACAGCUCAUCUACUGUGGGACUUCUUAAGUUACUCAAAGUGGAACAACAGUUCGCCGAUAUCCUCAUCAAAUACGCAGGGCAACUAGGAGAAAAAAGCCAAUUGCUUCUAUUGUUCUUCUCUGAAGUAGGCUUUCAUUUAAAGCGCAGCUCCAAGGAGAAGGAGGAAUAUGUUUCCAAUCCAUUAAACGCGUUUUCCCUUCUAAGACGCACCAGCGAAGAUUUGCCAAAAUGGUAUGCGUAUUUUGAGGAUGUAAUUAAAAAGGAUGACCUAAGUGUACUGGACGAUCUAGUAAAAAAGGUGCCAAAUAAGGUGGAUCUAGACUCAGCAAUACAGGGAAUUCAACGUAUAGAGCGAAUAUAUGACUUACAAAUUGAUGAUAUGGCGGAAGGACUUCUGCAUGAUAAGCAGUAUAAUGCUCGACUUUCUUAUCGCGACCUCAUAGCCAUGGGAAAUAUGAUGUACCAUCAGCGCGAGUAUCAAACAGCGGCCAAAUGGUAUCGUAUUGCCUGCCAACGCGAACUGGAAGAUCUUGAUAGAUCAUUAAAUGAGGUUCUGGGAAACCCUUCCGAAUACCUCCACCGACAACACAUAAAGGCUCUUUUUAUAAGUGCCAGUACUCGAUUAGACCCUUCAAAGCCUGCUGAAGAAGCCUUUACUACGGCUGAGAAAGCUGUGGCAGAGACCAGUAAAGAAGAUGUGGAUAAUUUUAUGUUUAAUCUCAAUGACCCCGAAAACGAUCUUAUAAUAAAGAAACAACUCUAUCAGACGAAAAGGAGUCCGUCAAACUUUGAAAUCGGAUGUCGAGGACUGUAUCGUCGAAAACGAAACCUUGUCUGUCGCUACAACUUCACUACUACACCGUUCCUGCGACUGGCCCCUCUUAAGUUUGAGGAAAUCAACUUGGAUCCCUAUAUCGGCAUGUAUCACGAGGUUCUGUACGAUUCGGAAAUCGAGGAACUUAAAGGGCAAUCCACAAACAUGGUUAAUGGUUAUGCGGACCAGAGGAAUGGGACAGAAAUCAGACAAACAGUGGCCCGACAUGCCUGGUGGUCGGAUACCUCUCCAGUGCGAGAGCGCAUCAACCAGCGCAUUAUUGACAUGACGGGAUUCAACUUCUCGAAAACAGAGGAGAUACAGAUCGCGAAUUAUGGAGUGGGCACAUAUUUCAAACCGCACUUCGACUACACCGCCGAUGGAUUCGAAACUCCAGAUGUUACUGCAUUGGGGGAUCGUAUUGCCAGCAUUAUUUUUUAUGCCAGCGAUGUUCCUCAGGGUGGAGCCACUGUUUUCCCAGAUGUUAAAGUCUCCAUCCUCCCACGCAAAGGCAGCAGUUUGUACUGGUUUAAUUUGUUCGAUGAUGGAAGACCUGAUGAAAGGAGUAAGCACUCAGUGUGUCCUGUAAUUAAUGGAGAUAGAUGGACUCUCACGAAGUGGGUCCAUUUGUUUCCUCAAAUGUUUACAAUGCCAUGCAGUACUUAAUUUGUCAACAUAAAUAUAAAACAAAAAAUAUACCCAUGUAUAAAUAUAAAUAAAAUAAAUUUCUUUUAAAAAAUUUAAAAAUU